UGGAAAAAUACACCUGACAGUGACACAUAACCUAAAAUAUAUACAUUGCAGUUUUAACAGUCUUUGAUUCAAGUAUUUACUAUAUUUAAUGUAAAACAUCUUUCAACCACUAAGACGUGCAUCUACAAUAAGCUGAAGAUGUUACCGAGAUUUGCAUACAUGCUGAACGUCCUAAAGACUAUUGAAAGAAAUGUUUUUCACAUGUUUGGCCAUCCACCAAGAGAAUUAGCUUUAGUUCAAAUUUAUGAAAAACCAUCACCACAACCUAAAAAAAGUUUUACAAUUAAGGACAUAGUUGGAGAUGGUUUUCUUCUAGCUGUUCCUAAAUUUAGAAGAACUAUUGAAAAGAAGUGGAAAAGAAAGUUUGGAUAUUCUGAAUAUGUAUGGAAAAUGCUUGUCCCUAAAACUAAUAUCAUAGUAUGUAAUGAUUGCGGACAUCAUCAUGAACGGGGACGCCUUUGUGAAUGUUGCUACAAGAAAGUUGAAAAGGAAACAAAAGAGAUUCAAGAUAAAAUACAAGAGAAAUUAGGCAAUAGCCCCAUUGAGAAAGAUGUUAUUGUCCUUUAUGAAGGAGAAAAUGCUCCUAAUAUGCCCAAGGAAUUUUGGAAUGGUAAAAGAAUAGUUGAGAUGAAGAAAGAAAGACCUCAAUGGUUUAGUAAAAAUCUUCUACAGAAAUCCACUCAACAACCAUCUGACUCUAAAGAUGUUAAGCCAACUGACUUAGCAUAGAUGUGCUUGUUAUAUAAAUCAUAAUUAAUUUGUAGUUUUAAAAUAAUAAAUAUGCUUAUCUAUUUCA